GCCAAAACUAGUUUAAAACGCGGGAGAGAGUUGUAAACAACAACAACGGGGAGCGAUCGGCCGCGCGGUGCUUCCGUCGACAAACCCGACAUAUAAAACUACAUUUACACGUCGGGACACAACAUGGACGCGCAGUCGUAUCUGCCCGUGCAGCCCGGGGUCGGCAUGGAGGAGAACUUUCUGUCUCUCGACGACAUUUUGCUGUCUCAUGAGAGACUUCCCAUCCGGACAGAGUGCGUCUUCCCCCGGCUGGGAUUCCUGGAGAAGUCGAGCGACUCGCAGGACAUCCCGGAGGGUACGAAGAUGGAGCUCCCUCUGUGGCUCUCCAAAGGACUGUACGAGAGGAAGAGGAGGGUGUUGUCCGUCGAGCUCCCGAAGGUGUACAGAGAGGGCUGGAGGACGGUGUUCAACGCCGACCCCAACGUGGUGGACCUGCACAAGAUGGGACCUUACUACUACGGCCUGGGAUCCCAGAUGCUGCACUUCGACAGCCCGGAGAACCCGGAGAUCGGACAGACGCUGCUACAGACGUUCAUCGGUCGCUUCAGACGGACGAUGGACUCGUCCCAGAACGCCUACAACGAGGACACGUCCGCGCUGGUGGAGCGCCUCGACUGUCUGGAGAAGACGCUGUUCAAGUCCGGGCAGAGCGGCCUCAACGGCUUCCAGAGCUGGGAGAAAGGCCAGGCGUCACAACUCACCGCCUCCAGCCUGGUGCUCAACUACCGCAAGAGGAAGAUGACCGACGUGCAGCCGUGAAAGAUAACGAACACAGCGAAGAACUCUGACGUCCUGACAGCUUCAGGAGGUUUCCUUAUUUUUCCUAUUUAUUUUCUCACAUGUGUAAAAAAAGAUUCACAAAGUUUUCCUGUUUUAUAGCUGCUUGUUUUUAUCAUUAAAGAUGAACAGAAACCAUC